AUGUCUAACCUCGUGGAGCUAACCCGCGUGGCGAUUGUGCUUUGGUUUUUACCGCGGUCUCUCUCCCGAAACGUCCACCACGGGGAUCAUCUGGCUGUUCGGACAUCGCUGGGGGUGCUUCGAGGCGUCGAGCAGACCUACAACGGACGACGAAUCCGGGCGUUCCUUGGCGUUCCUUAUGCCAAAAAGCCGACCGGCUCUCGCCGUUUUUCAUUGCCUGAGAUGGUCGGCCCCUGGGAGGGGGAAAUGCUGGUUCAAGAGCCCUCGAACACCUGCUACUACACCAUCGACACAAUGUUCCCACAAUUCCCUGGGGCCGAAAUGUGGAAUCCCCCGAACGAGCUGAGUGAGGACUGCCUCUCCCUCAAUAUCUGGGUUCCCGAAGAUCACGAUGGCAACGUGAUGGUUUGGAUUUUUGGAGGGGGAUUUGUGUCUGGCAGCCCAUCCCUGGACCUGUAUGACGGACGAGUACUGGCGGUUGAGCAAAGAAGCAUCAUCGUCAACAUAAAUUAUCGGUGAGGAUGCUAGACAGCUUCGACAAACUUUAUUUUCAGAUUAGGAUCUUUUGGAUUUCUGUACUUUGGUGGGCAAUCCCUCGCUCCAGGUAAUAUGGGACUAAUGGACCAACAGUUGGCUUUUAAAUGGGUCCAUCAUCACAUCGGUUCUUUUGGAGGGGAUCGGAGAAAGGUUACCUUAUUUGGCGAAAGCGCCGGAGGGGCUUCGGUGACAUCGCAUCUGUUUGCGCCUGGAAGUGCUGAUUAUUUCCAGCGUAUAAUAAUAAAUGUAAGCGGGAAGGACUGAUGACAUAUUUCUUCUCAGAGUGGCGCAAUUAUCAACAACUGGGCCACAAAGUCUAAAGAUGUGAUGUUGGACAUGUCUUUGAUAUUGGCCAAGAGGCUUAACUGCACCAAUCAAAGCAUACACAGGCCUCUGGAUGAUGUGCAGUACAUACUGGAUUGUAUGAGAGGAUUAACUGCACAUGCCAUCCUUCGGGAGGCUGACAUGGUCGCUGAUGCCUUAUCAUUACCACUAACAUUUCCCUUUGUUCCCGUUGAUGAUGACGAGAAUUUCUUUAAAGCAAGUCGGCAUGUGAAAGACAAAAUUUAAUUGUCUUUUAAGGGCUCCCUCAUAGAUAAAAUAAAAAAUCGGGAUUUCAAAAAAGAUCUCUCCGUUUUGCUUGGCACAAUGAAAGACGAAGGAACUUACUGGUUGCCUUACUACCUCAGUCGAUUUGGCUUCAACUUUAAUCAUACUCUGUCUUCUGAAGAUCGUCACAACCAAGCUCUGAUAUCUGAGUAAGAGUGUUUUGUUUCUCUGUUACUUUCAGAUCUCAAUAUCGGGAUUCAUUUGAAGCAUUUUUACCGUACUUUGGGGGAUCCCAGUUAGUACGGCACGCUUUAAUGCAUGCUUAUGAACGGUUGUCUGAGUCGGAAAAAAAGCCGGAACGUCUUCGAGAUGGGGUUGCGAGAUUUGUGGGCGACUAUUUCUUUACCUGUUCAAUUAUUGAAUUCGCGGACUUUAUUUCGGACAAUGUUUUUGACGCCGUAUUCAUGUACUACUUCACUCGAAGGUAAACUUACAAAAUUUAAAAGGCAAUUUUUUUAGAGCCACGUCUAACCCUUGGCCUAAAUGGAUGGGAGCCAUGCAUGGGUACGAGAUUGAAUACUUCUUCGGUCUCCCUAAACGAUUACCUCAUCUUUACAACCAAGAACAGCUGCGGAUCGAGCAGUCGUUUAGUAAGAAAAUAAUGGACUAUUGGGGAGAAUUUAGCCGAGGAAAGUAAGUUCAGACCAUGCUCAUCUCAAUUAAAAUUCAGCCCUCCGGCUUCCUAUUGGCCCAAGUACAACAGAAUAACUCGGAAAGCUCUUGUGUUGUCAGAAGAACUGGUCACCGAGAACAGCCAUCAUAUCAAUGUUGAUGUUCAUGGAAAACAAUGUCGUUUGAUCAAGGAAGCCGAACAAGCGGUCAGAAAAGGUAUGAUCUAUUAACAUCAAAAUCACAAUCUAAACUACAGACUUCUACACAGAUGACCUCUACAAAGCGCAGUUCCAAGAAGAAACGUCAAAAUCCGGGUCUAACUAUAACUUGCCAGCUAUCCCCCUCGUGGUUCUUUUAAUGAUUUUACAAUCAACUUUAUAA